GGUUGACAUGAUUGUGUUUGUGUAGGAUGAUGAUGAUGAUGAUGACGAAUCAGAGGAACUGCUUGUGAACGGCCAUCAGGGGCGGGGCGAUGACCCGGAUGGGCGUGGCCCUCUGGAGCCCCUCCCUAAGGAGGAGCGAGUGUCACGAUUGAUGGAAGAAGACCCCGCCUUCCGGAGGGGCCGUCUGCGCUGGCUCAAGCAGGAGCAGAUGCGUCUGCACAACCUGCAGCAGCAGCAGAUCACCAAGCUGCUGCGCAGAGGGGGCGGAGCCGGGGGCGGGGCCGGGGAGGGCGUGGUCCACCUUCCUGGAACGGGACGCUUCAUUCCCCCUCAGGACUGCAAGCUGAAAUUCCCCUUUAAGAGCAACCCACAGCACCGGCUCUCCUGGGGCCCGAAUGCAUCCGUCACUCUGGACGAUCUCAAGGAUGAGCGCAACGAGGGACGAGGCCCCGCCCCCGGCAUGCCGUUACUUCCUCUACAGUUCCAAGUGCCGUUCGUCAUGCGCGCGCCCUCCCCCAGUCACCCCUGGCAACCUCCCCAAUACGGCAACGGUAACUAUGGCAACGGAAAUCCGUUUCCUCAGCAACAGUGGCGCUACAGGCGCAACUCACUGGACGGCUCCACCGUGCCUGGCAACCAGGGUUACUAUAGCAACGGGCACCACAACAAUAGCGGUGCGCAGCAUUCGGAACGCGGUCGCUAUCGGCGACAGUCGCCGGGUCCUUGCGUGCGCGGGGAGGGGGCGUACGCACAACCGUACAUCAAUCAUCAGUGGCCCGCUUUCCAGACUCUACCGCACACACUUUCCGAUCAACAGCGCGGCAGAAACCAAAAACCACAUGGCUACGUCACGCCGCCGCGCAUGAGACGGCAGUACAGCGCCCCCGACCUGAAGAGCAAAGAAACGCCCGUCUGAUGUGUGCGCGAGUCCGUCGUUUUACUGUCCUUCACUUACGAUCUCAUGAAAUACAAGCCGUGUUGUUUUGAUGGGUUAGUUAACAGUCUCGUGUAGCCAGAUUAUCAGCAGAAAGAGUUCAUUCUGGCCAAGAACCGCCCACUUUUGACAGGAAGAGAGCGCUUGAGUGACAGUUAAGACCUGUUUGCGACGAGAGAGAUAACUAUGAUGAUGAAGGUUUAAUAUUAGCUCUUAAGGUGAGCUCACAUUUACUGUAGUUCUGCACAUUUUUGCAGGCGAAAUCAAGUCGUUUUAAUAGGAAUCUACGCGAUUGG